AUGGGUGUUCCCAAGUUCUUCCGCUGGCUGAGCGAGCGGUAUCCCGCCAUCUCCAUGCUGAUUGCGGAGAACCGCAUCCCGGAGUUCGAUAAUCUCUACCUCGAUAUGAACGGUAUCAUUCAUAACUGCACGCAUAAGGACAGCGAUUCGCCAACCUUCCGCAUGACCGAGGAUAAAAUGUUCAUUGCCAUUUUCAACUAUAUCGAGCAUCUGUAUGGCAAGAUCAAACCGAAGAAACUUUUCUUCAUGGCCGUGGACGGUGUCGCACCCCGUGCCAAGAUGAACCAGCAGCGUGCGCGACGAUUCCGAACCGCUCUCGAUGCAGAGGUUGCGAAGGAGAAGGCUAUCGCCCAGGGCGUUGAGAUGCCGAAGGAGGAUGCGUUCGACAGCAACUGCAUUACCCCCGGUACCGAAUUCAUGGCGAAAUUGACCGAACAGCUGAAGUAUUUCAUCAGCAAAAAGAUUUCAGAGGACAAGGAUUGGCAAGGCGUUGAGAUUGUGCUCUCAGGCCAUGAAGUCCCUGGAGAGGGCGAACACAAGAUCAUGGAAUACAUCCGACAUGCGAAAGCUCAGCCGGGUUAUGAUCCCAACGUGCGCCACUGUCUGUAUGGUCUGGAUGCUGAUCUCAUCAUGUUGGGCCUGCUCAGUCAUGACCCCCACUUCUGCCUCCUCCGUGAGGAGGUGACCUUCGGUCGACAAGUACAGAAGAAGCCCAAGGAGCUUGAGCACCAAAAUUUCUAUCUGUUGCAUCUGUCAAUGGUCCGAGAAUACUUGGAGUUGGAGUUUCAGGAGUUGGAACAGGAAGGCGCCUUGAAGUUUCCUUUCGAUAUGGAGAGAGUGAUUGACGACUUUAUCCUGAUGGCUUUCUUUGUCGGAAACGAUUUCCUACCGAACUUGCCGAACUUACAUAUCAACGAAGGCGCGUUGGCUCUGAUGUUUAAGAUCUACAAGGAGAUCUUACCAAAAAUGGGCGGAUACAUCAACGAGCAGGGUGUCAUCAACCUUGAGCGAUUGGGUGUCCUGCUUGAUGGACUCAGUGAUGUGGAGUUCCGCUUCUUCGAGGCUGAAUACUCGGAUGCUCGUUGGAUCAAGGCCAAGAAAAACGGAACCGAGACAAUGGAGCUUCAAGAGAAGCCGAAGGGUCUCACGGUGACGCCGGCUCAGAAAGAUCUGUUCAAGGAUGUCAAGAAAUACGUUCUUAACAGACCCGGAAAAGCAGCCGACACUAAGCCAUUGGACUUCCCAUCCAGUUUGCCUGCUCGUGAUCGCAAGUUCGUGGAACAGCUUGCUGAUGAUCUUCGGUUGCCGUGGACAACUGUCUCUGACGAGCACGGUGAACGUUUUAUCCGACUUCAGUUCCCGGAAAUCCCGGGCGAUGAUAGCGAUGAGGAAGAAGAUGAAGAGGCCUCUAUGGCUGUUCAGCGCGUGAUUCGGAAGUAUGACAACGCCAAGGUCCAAGAGGUGUCUGCCGAGGAAGCCCAAAAGGCCGCGGAGAAGAAAUACGAAGAAAAAUUCCAGGAAUGGAAAGAUAAGUACUAUACUAGCAAAUUCGACUGGGGUUUGGAGAAUGCCGAAGAAAUGAGGAAACUCACGGAGAACUACGUGCAAGGCCUUCAGUGGGUGCUGUUCUAUUAUUAUCGGGGCAUUGCCUCCUGGCCAUGGUUUUUUGGUUAUCACUAUGCGCCCAUGAUCUCUGAUGUAAAGAAGGGUCUGAAGGCCGAUAUGAAUUUCCGCCUGGGCCAACCAUUCCGGCCUUACGAGCAGCUGAUGGGUGUGUUGCCCGAUCGAAGCAAGAAGAUCGUGCCCCCUGCCUAUCGGGACCUUAUGACUUCGCCGGAAUCGCCCAUCAUUGACUUUUACCCUCGUGAUUUCGAACUGGACAUGAAUGGGAAGAAGAUGGAGUGGGAAGCUGUUGUCAAGAUUCCAUUCAUUGAUGAAAAGCGUCUGCUGGACGCUCUCAAGACGAGAGAACACCUGCUGACGCCGGAUGAGAAGGCACGGAAUGGAUUCGGUGCAUCCCUCAAGUUCACCUACUCGCCUGAGGUGCAAUAUGUCUACCCAUCGUCUCUUCCCGGCGUCUUCCCUGAUAUCCCUAACUGCCAUUGCAUCGAGAAUAUCUUUGACUUGCCGACAAUGGAUGGCUUGGAGCCUUACAUUGGCCUGGUAGAUGGUGUGCAGCUUGGUGCAUCCGCACUGGCAGGAUUUCCAAGCUUGAAAACUCUACCUCAUGUCGGUCAAUUGGGUUUCCAUGGUGUAUGCGUGUUCCAGCAGGAAAGUCGCAAUGAAAGCAUGGUGGUUACGAUCCUCGAGCCUGGAAGCAGGUCGAGUGUUGAACUUGCCAAAGCGAAGCUGGGGCAAAGAGUCUAUGUUGGGUACCCGUUCCUUCAAGAAGCGCUUGUUGUUCGAGUGUCUGAUGAACUGUUUGACUACAUCAAACCCGAAGGACAACAGCAUAUCGCUUCCAUUCCUCAUACGGAGGCUCAAAUCGACCAGUGGAAGAAGAAGGCGGACAAGAUUGAAGGAAUCUAUAGCAGGCGACUUGGCAUGAUUAUCGGCUCGGUCGAGUCGAUGGUACACGUCCAACCUCUCAAAGGGUUGCUUAAGACUGAUGAGGGUGCCUCCGUGAAAGAAUUCGCGGAUAUCCCAGGACAGGAAACUGACUAUGCACUCCAAAUGGUUGUCGACGAAGUGAUCAACCCUGAUGAACGUUUCAUCGAGCGCGAUGCUCUUCCCAUUGAGAAAGAAUUCCCCGAAGGUUCUCGCGCGUUUUUCCUUGGAGACUUCAACUAUGGACGCCCUGUGCACAUUACCGGGCAUGAUGAUGGUAAAGUAAACGGAUUGAUUGCGGCGGUGAAAGGCCGUGAGCCUGAAUUUGGCAAGGAGCGUGCCCGAAAUGCCGAGAAGUUGAGUCCGUACAUGCCCUCUUACGCUAUCGCUCGCAGCCUACGUCUGAACCCCCUGGUGCUGGCCAAAAUUACUUCCUCUUUCUCCGUGGAUAUCGAGGGAUCGCGCGUGAACCUGGGUCUCAACCUAAAGUUCGAGGCCAAGAAGCAAAAGGUCCUUGGUUAUUCGCGCCGGGGCGAGUCGGGUUGGGAGUUCAGCAGCAAGGCUGUCGACUUACUCCAGCAAUACAUGAUCCGAUUCCCGGACUUUAUUGCGGGCAUCCAACGUAACCCUCAAAAAGACCGGUACACGCCGACUGACUUCUACCCCGAAGACAUUGCCAUGGUGAAGAUGAAGGAGAUUCGGGAUUGGCUCAAAUCGAUCGAGGCGAAAAACUUCGAGAGGGUUCCUCUUGAAGCCGAGCAGCUGGAUUCGGAUGUUGUCAAGCUGAUUGAGCAGGACGCCGACCAGCUUAUCCAGAACAUGCCCCCGAUGCAGCCCAAGAAGAUCCGGGGUGUUCCCCGCGGUGCUCUCCUUCGCCCAGCGGACGUUGAGCAGAGGCUGGGCAACCAAACCUUCAAGCUUGGUGACCGCGUGGUCUAUGCCCAAGAUUCUGGAAAGGUCCCUAUUGCGACUCGAGGAACAGUGGUUGGCCUUACCCGGACUUCCCGUGCCGUUCUACUGGAUGUUGUCUUCGACGCUUCGUUCAUGAGUGGCACUACCUUGGGUGACCGUUGCUCUCCAUUCCGGGGACAGACUGUUUUGGCAUCUUCUGUCCUCAAUGUUUCAUAUCGACAGCUCCUUGCCAGUACUCGGGCGGCUACUAGUCACCAGCAGCAAACACAGCCUUCCCCUUGGACGGUGGCAGGGUACGGUGAACCUCUUGGACCUGGUGGAGCGGGACAGCUGAAAGAUGCUCCGACCCCUCCGCCGCUUUCUCACUCGUAUCGUGGCGCUGUCUCUGGUGUACAGGCUAACGGUCGCGGUGGUGGUCCCAGAGGCCGUGGUGGACGCGGAGCCUCCAACGGGGUUGGCGCGCAGACUACCCUGCCAUUCCGGCCCCAUCCCAAUGGCGGGGAUCAGCAGAUGCAUGGAUCAUCUCGCGGGGGCCGAGGCCGCGGAGGGCGUGGAGGCAUGGGUCGCACUCGAGGCGGCUAUGUUGCGGUAGACCCCAACCCUGAUGUAGGCGUCAUGCAGCAUAACCCGAACUUUCGGCCACAAAACUAUUCCCAGGUGCCGCCUCCAAAGACUCUGGACCGACGCGGGGGACGAGGCGGCCGAGGUAACAGUCGCGGAUCCGAAAGAGGAUCUCGAGCUAGAGGCCGAGGUCGUGGAGCUGCUGUGGCGGAAACGAGUUAA